AUGUCAGAUUAUGAAGAUAAUGCAUUUAAUGAAGUAGCAGAAAACUAUGAAGAUUUUGAUGCACCAGAUCAUUUUUCAGAUAAUGAAAUAGAUGAACCAAAUGGAGGUGAUGUACAAUUAAAAGCAGAUGAUGGUAGAACAAUAAUAAAUGGAGGAUUAGGACCAGAUGAUGCACAACAUCAACAACAACAACAACAAUCACGUAAAAAAACUGUAAAAGAAUUAGCUAUACCAAAAGAUAAAAGAACAACAACACCAUAUAUGACGAAAUAUGAAAGAGCAAGAAUAUUGGGGACAAGAGCUUUACAAAUUUCUUUAAAUGCUCCUGUUUUGGUGGAUAUUGAAGGUGAAACUGAUCCUUUACAAAUUGCAAUGAAAGAAUUAGCUCAAAGAAAAAUUCCAUUGGUUAUAAGGAGAUAUUUACCUGAUGGAUCUUACGAAGAUUGGGGCUGUGAUGAAUUAAUUGUUGAAAAUUAA